AUUGAGUGUACCAGAUAGCGGUGUUUAUCCUUUCCAGAUAAUUUGUAGAAAUGAGGACGUUAACAGUUUUUGCACAGCUGUGUAUUAUUUUGUGCUUAUCAAUCAGUACAAGCCACGUAAAUGGAUCAGAUGAAAAACCUAGAGUCGGUAUAGUUGGUGCAGGCAUCAGUGGAGCAUCUGCAGCAUAUUUCCUCCGUGAGCUGUUUGGAGAUGAUGUUGAAAUAGAUAUAUUUGAGAAGCAACAUGUUGGUGGUAGACUGGCACCUAUAACAAUCAGUGGACAUAACUAUAAUGCUGGUGGAACUAUCAUACAUCCUGCAAACUUAUACAUGAUUAAUUUUACUGACAUUCUUGGCCUUACAAGAGAUACAAAUCCAGAGCCAGGUCGUCUAGGCAUCUUUGAUGGUGAAGAAAUUGUGUUUUCUACAAGUGACUACUCUGCCCUUACAAUUGCAAAAUUGAUGUGGCGUUAUGGAAUGGAUGCUUAUAACAUUAAAACCUGGGUACAGGAAAAAAUACUGAAACCACUGACAAGGUUGUAUGAAUUUCAGAAGGAAGGUCAUGCAUUUUCAACAGUUGAAGAUUUGUUAAAUGCUAUUGACCCUUCUUUUGUGGAGUUCUCUAAAAAGUCAGUGAAAGAUCUUUUCAAAGGAGAAGGUUUUUCUGACAGAUUUAUUGAUGAAUUUGUUACGGGAGCUAUGAGAAUAAAUUAUGGUCAGACAUCUAGUAUACAUGGGCUAGUAGGUGCUGUGUCUAUGGCAGGAGUUGAACCAGGUUUAUGGAAUGUUGUUGGGGGCAACCAUCAGGUACCUCAAGGACUGGUGAAGAAAUCAGGUGCAAAGAUUGUUAGAGGAAAGGUUACUGCAGUGUCACUGACAAGUGAAGGCUCGCCUCCUGUUUAUCAGAUUGAUUACCUGCCGGGAAGAUCCACUAAUGAAGACGACAUGAAUUCUAAAGAAUAUGACAUAGUGAUCAUCGCCACACCUUUAUAUAACGACAUGUCUGAUAUCAAGUUUGAAGACUUCCAGACCAGUAUAAAACAAGUUCCCGAAGACUUUCAUCUAACUGUUGCAAGUUUCAUUGAGGGUGAACCGAACACCACAUAUUUUGGUGUGGACAGUGUUGACAGCUUACCUAAUGCAUUUUUUACAACAAACGAAAGUACUUUCUUUAAUUCAUUUACGAAACAGAAACCAGUGUCUGGAGAAACAGCGGAAAAAACUGUUUACCGAGUUUUCUCUAAUAAAGUACCGAAUGUGAACGAACUUAAGCAGUUAGUACCGGAAUGGAGCGAUAUACGAGUAGUGAAUUGGAUGGCUUAUCCGGAAUAUCCGUCCUCGGUCCAGUUGCCUUCAUUUACACUUCAUGAACAGAUGUACCACAUCAAUGCAAUAGAAUUAGCCGCCUCAGCUAUGGAAAUGAGUGCUAUCGGUGCGAAAAAUGUAGCGCUGCUUGCGUAUUACCGGUAUACGGGGCAGUACGAUAAAAUAGAUGAAAUUUUAACCAAGUCUGACGGUGCUCAGAAAUCUGAAUUGUGAUAGGAUAUACCAAAAGUUAGAUUUCGUUUAACCAAUUAUUUAGGUCAUUUAUAUUUUAUUUUCAUUAAACUGCCAUAUUUUUGUUUAACAUUCACAAUUCAUGUUCCUUAUUUCACUUAAGGCCAAGUGUGCUGCAUAUCCAAAUAGGCCACAAAUCAAAUUGAAAUGAAUAACAGCUGGGGAUAUGAUAUUAAACAUGGCCUUUGUACACAGGUCACCUUAUUUCACAGGUGAUCAGUAUACCUUACAUUUCUUGUUAUUUACUUAUUACAUUGUCUUUAAAAACUCUAAUCAUCAUAGUUGUUAUCAAAAUGAUGCAAGAAAUGAAAACAUAAGAAUUAAAAUCAAAUUUGAUUAAAAUUGAAUUGAUCAUUUCAGUUAAAAGGUAUUUUUGUGAUUCUUCGUCACAUGCUUUGACAACAGCACCUUUGUUCAACUGUCCCAGUCUGUCUCAUAGAAAUUAGUGGUGUAAAACUUGUGUUUGUAAACUUGUAUGAAUAUACAGGUUUUAAAAGCUGCCUGCAUCCCAAAAUGGUUAACAAAUUAUCAAAAUAUCAAACUCUAAGAAAAAUAGUACAAGAAAUGUAUUUGUAAAAAUGAUUUGCCCUGCUUUGAAUUUAGAACACUCCAUUCGAUUUAAUGGAUUUUAAAAUUAAAAUACCAAAAUUUGUCUACCACCAGUAUUGGACCUGAUCAGACUGGAUGGAAGUGCAAGCUGGCCUGGGCUAUAU